AUGGACCUCAUGAAUCGAGUAUUCCAGCCUUACCUCGAUCACUUCGUCAUCGUGUUCAUCGACGACAUUCUAGUAUACUCCCAAAACAAAGAAGAGCACGAAAAGCACCUCCGCACGACCUUGCAAACUCUGAGGAAACACCAACUAUACGCCAAAUUCUCCAAAUGCGAGUUUUGGAAAGACAACGUAACGUUCCUGGGUCACGUAAUCACCAAAGAGGGAAUCAAGGUAGACCCAACCAAAAUCCACGCCGUCAAGGAGUGGCCCACGCCAAAGUCACUCUCAGAAGUCAGAAGCUUCGUAGGGUUAGCAGGCUAUUAUCGAAGGUGUAAGAUGGUAUCCAGCGAGUCUCAGGAAACCGAGAUAAGGAAGCAAAGUCAGAGAACCUGGGAGAAAGUUCUCAAACAACCCCGAAGGGCAACACGCACGGACGGACGAAAAAUGGCAGGAGAAACACCAAGCAACCCUCUGGUGUUAAUAUCUGAUGAAAGGGAGCAAGAAAAGGAGUCGCCACAAAUUCAAGCAGUUGCAGAAUCACCACCGCGUGAACCGGGCUUUAUCUAUGAAGAAGAUGAUGGUACCAAGAAACCAUUGGAAGGGUCUGAGCCUCCAUUCAUGAACUCAAACGGGUCGAUGUUCGAGGAAAGUGAGUCCAGUGGUGACUCAGGACCGGGAUAUGCUCCUUCACCACCAGGAGGCUAUGACUCAGAAGACUGCAUGAGUACUGGCUUCUUUGCUUGUUGA